UCCUUCACUGUUGAUCAUUUAUUGUAGAUACUGAUAGUGCUGAGACAAAAUAUAGUAAAUCACCUUCAGCUUUUAUUAUCAAGACAAUGCUCAAGGCCCCUGAUCAUCAGGUUGCAGGCCAUCAAGCUCAUGCUGGAAAGCUUGGGCCACUCGUAGAUGAUUCUGGUCGCUUCUACAAGCCCCUCCAAAGUGACGAGCGCGGCACCAAAGAGGCUGCCUUCUAUUCCUCAUUCUCUUCCAAUAGCAAAAUCCCGACUCCUAUUCGUCGAUUUUUUCCUACUUACCACGGAACCCAACUUCUAGAAGCUUCAGAUGGAUCUGGUAUGCACCUUCACCUUGUUUUGCAAGACAUUGUCUCAAAUCGCCUGGACCCAUCUGUCAUGGAUAUCAAGAUGGGGUCCAGAACUUGGUAUCCCCAAGCUUCAGAAGACUACAUCAUGAAAUGCCUUAAGAAAGAUAGAGAAUCAACAAGCGUCCCCUUGGGUUUCAGGAUAUCGGGUUUACAGACCUAUGAAAGUGAAAAGCUUGGUUACUGGAAACCUGAUAAGAAGGUCGUCCAAGAUUUUACGUUAGAGGAUGUUAAGUUGACUUUAAAGAGGUUUGUCUCUUCCAACCCGUCUUCAAAUGCAGAACCUGAUUGUGCACUUGCAUCAUUAAUCUAUGGUGGGUCGGAUGGGAUUCUGGCACAAUUGUUGGAGCUGAAAGCAUGGUUUGAGGAUCAGACAAUGUACCAGUUCUACUCUUGUUCCGUUCUUAUGGUGUAUGAGAAGGCGGGGGUGGGAGAGGAAGGGUUGCGCUCCCGCUCAGGUGCUGAAGUUAAGCUUGUUGAUUUUGCUCAUGUCGUGGAUGGCGAAGGUGUCAUUGACCAUAAUUUCUUGGGUGGGCUCUGUUCUUUGAUAAAAUUUGUGUCAGAUAUACUAGUUUCUUCUACUAACAGGUCUAAAGCUGAAGGUGAUCUAAAGGAACAGCCUGAGAAUAUUGCAAAUGAUGUGAAAGCAUAGGCGGUUGGAGAGAAAUGACACCCUUAGUUGGUGGGAAGCACUAUUCGAUGUCUUUCGAAUUUUUCUUUACCAUAGCUGAUUGAGCUCUCUUUACGUUUUAGAAGCGCCUUUUAAUGGAGUUUACUUAUAACAGAGUAGAUUUGUUUAGCUUAUCAUAGAUUGAUCUGUGGCGAAUCAAGUUCAACCCAUAAGCUAAUUAUUAAAGGUGUAAAACUUUAUUUUAUAGUUAAAUAAACCCAGUGAUCCUGGAAACUGAUUGAUGCUGUAAUAGGUACAUUUCACUUAAAGAAUACUCUGUUUCUCUUUUCUUCUUUUGA